AUGGUAUACAUAAUAAAAAAAAUAAAGUUGUAUGUGAUAAGAUAUUGUAAAAUGUUCAAUCUAUACCAGCAUUUGAAAGCGAACGCCGAAGGUAGAGAGAGAGAGUCAGAGACGACAGGACAUGAUAGGUUCUACCAGGAGCGCUCCAGGUCCAGUUAUAGAAAGAAGAAGAAGAGAGUUGCUUGUCGCCGGGCGCAGUCAGCAGCAGAACUCAAUCCUCAGUCUAUAGCUGCCGCGCAGAAAAGGAACGCAUUCAAAGUGAGGUCCGUGUCUACUGAUCGAGAUGAGAGUGAAGAAGAGAACUCGGAGCGGACCCCGCUGGUCGCGCAGAAGAUUGAUUCACUCGCAAAGCUGCUGUUUAACAAGUCCCUGAUCGGUGGAUCCGGCAAGUCUUCGCCCUCUGAGUCUAACUCCUCGCCCAAAACAGCUGAGGCAUCAUUCGAGAGUUCAGUUGCACUGGCGAUAUGUUCGGAGUACCUCUCGCAGACUUCAAGGUACGAAUUAAAAUCUCAGCUAGGCGCGAUCGGGUCUCGUCCGUACAAGCACUGGUUCAUAAUAUACGACAAAUCAACUAAAACAGACAGACUACUUUCGUUGGUGCCGUUGACGAGCAAGUGCCCGUUGGAGGGCAACGAGCGGUGCCAGCAACUGACCAGCGAGCUGUUCCGCGCGCUGCACCACCCCUAUGUGCUGCCAGCACUCGACAUGCGUCUCGCCAGCGGGCACGCGCUCACAAUCACCCCGCUCAACCCCCGCGGCACGCUCAAGGAUCUCAUCUAUAAGAGUACGUGGAACGAGGAGUACAGCAAGAAAUACAACCAAUGCGGAGUGGGGCUGCCGACGUGGCAGGUGGCCACCUUCGGCAGACAAAUCCUGGAGGGCCUUCUCUUUCUCAAGGAUAAGGGCUUCCCACCCUUCCGGCACUUGCACACUGGGAAUGUCGUAGUGCAGAAUGGAGUUGCACGGAUAUCAGGUCUGGAGAACACUUUGAUCGGCGCUCUGCCACGCUGCCCUCUGCUGGUGGUGGCUGCGCCGGAGCUGGCCGAGGUGCUGUCGCUGGGCCACGUGCUCUUCGAGAUGUGCGCCGGACAGGACACCAACAUGGCGCUACUAGAUGACCUCGCGCCGAUAUAUCCUCACGCGGUGGAUCUAAUCGACCAGAUCUUCGGCGCGCGCACGCCCGCCUUGCACGAGCUGCUGGUCUGCGAGCUGUUCCGCAAGAUCGACCUGCGCGAGAUGAAGGGCUCCUGCCUCCCGAACUUCAGUCAGCGUUUGUCGCGUUCAUGCCUGAGUCUACUGGGCGAGGUAGCGCGGCGGCAAGCGGGACAAGGAGGCCGCGCGCGCUCCGGCCCCGCCUCACCUCUCACACCGCCACCGCGCAGGCGACAUUUUCCAGUGGAACAAGAUUUCACCGAGGUGUGGGAGUGGUGAUUACGAGA